AUGAACUUGGUAUCACUUGGUUUAGUAAAAAUUCCAAAAGAAAAUCGAGAAAACCUCACGCAAUACAUCACUAAUGAUUUCAUCGAUAUGUUUAAGCCAAGUCAAACAAUUCGAAUCGAUGGGGUCGACUUUAUGAUUAAGUUCACGUAUAGUAGUGACUAUAAAAUGGUCCAGCAGAUUAUGGGGUUAGCGGGUGUGAAAUCAAAUGACAAGUGUAAUUGGUGUAAAUGUAACACAAUAAAGCUUGACCCAGAAGAAUUCUUAGCUGAUGAGUCGUUAAGAAAUAAACGUCCUUCAGCUGAUGACCAUGCUCCAAAACAAUCGAAACGACGUAAACGAAUAUCAAAUCUUGAUACUGUGAUGCCAAAAUGGGAUCGAAAAACAAUAUUUAAACAGUGA